AUGUCUUUCUCUCAGUUUGGAUAUCCUUACAAUGCAACUUCUCAGAACCCACAAUAUGAAAUAAAGGAGGGGUCAGGCAGUCUUCAUGGCACUAUAACCCAACCCGCUGCCUACUAUCCAUAUGACCACUCACUGGGCCAGUAUCAGUAUGACAGGUAUGGGACAGUUGAUUUUAAUGGGUCAACCCGGAGAAAAAAUGCCACGAGGGAGACAACAAGCACUCUUAAAACAUGGCUUUAUGAACAUCGGAAGAACCCAUAUCCUACAAAGGGUGAGAAGAUCAUGCUGGCCAUUAUCACCAAAAUGACUCUCACGCAAGUGUCUACCUGGUUUGCCAAUGCUAGAAGGAGACUAAAAAAAGAGAACAAGAUGACCUGGUCCCCCAAAAACAAAGCAGGCGAUGACAGAAAGGAAGACCUCAAUAAGAGUGACCCAGACUGUAUUACCAAAGACUCCAAAGACAGUAAGGAUGAGCGGGACCUGCAGUUCAGUGACCUGGAUGACAUAGAGGACGAGGACUGUGACAAGCUGGACAGUGACUGUGAGAAAUCAGGUCAGGAUGACCUCUCGACUUCCUCCCCUCCAAAGAGAGACUGUAACCCUGACCUCCCUCUCCACUCAAACUUCCCAUCUUUUCCCUGUGGUCUAAAGAGUUUGGGGGCUCUGAACCCUGACUACCUGGAUCCUCUGAGCUCCAAACCACAGCAGCAACAGCCCUCACCUCAGUCCACCUCUAUCAACACUGUGGCACUCUCUCACUUUGAGGCAUCGGAGAAGCCUCGUAUCUGGUCGCUGGCACGUACAGCCGCCGCAGGGGUUGUAUUAGGCACGCAGCAUGGUGGAGAUUUUUUCGUGUCGGCAAACCCCAGUACGACUUGCUGCGAUUCGAUUUCCAGGUCGGUGACGGAAGGAUCGAGCGUGUCUCAGACCGCAGCCUCCUUCUGCUGUCCCUCCUAUGAGAACAGGCUGCUGGCUAGUACGCGGACUGAGCUCAACGCCGCGCUCGGGAUGUACGGCUCUCCCUACGCAGCAGCAGCGGCCGCAGCCGGUCAGAACUACGCCAAUUACUUUCCGUACAGCGCCGAACCCUCUGCCAUCUACUCCAGCCUG